AUGGCCAAUCUUGUAUCGUCGUUAGCGCUGGUGCUGGUAUUCCACGAGUUAGGCAGCGCAGCGUUGGCGCAGUACACCACGGACUACACGCAAUACGUCGAUCCAUUCCACGGCACCGAAAAUGGCGGCAACGUCUUCCCCGGCGUCGUUCCCGCCCCCUUCUCCGUCACCAAACUCGGCAUCGACGUCUCCUCUGGCACCACCGACGCCUACUCGGGCUACCUGCCCGCCGGCAACGUCACCGGCUUCAGCAUGCUGCACGAGAGCGGCACCGGCGGCGCGCCCAAAUACGGCGUCGUCUCGCAGCUGCCCGUCGUCAUCAUGACCACCGACGAUGGGUCAGUAGGAGGAGGAGGAGGAGGAGAAGGAGGAGGGGGAGGGGGAGGGGGAGGGGGAGGGGGAGAAUGGUUCAAUCCGCUCGCGGACCUGGGCGUGGAGAGGGCGGCGCCGGAUGAGGCGGCGGUGGGGUACUAUCGCGCGGCGCUGGCGAACGGCGUCGUGGUGGAGCUGGCGGGGACGCGGCAUGCGGGGUUGUAUCGGUAUGGGUUUCCGGGAGGGGGGAGGGGGGACGGGUCUACGGAGGCGGCGGUGGUGGUGGUGGAUGUGUCGCAUGUGUUGCCGUCGUUUAGGGGGUUGGGGUGGGGGCAGGGAUAUGCGGGCGGGGCGUUUGAGGUGUUUGACGACGGGCAUUACGAGGGGAGUGGGACGUAUAAUAAUGGGUGGAACCUUGCACCAGAUUGGACGAUUUAUUUCUGCGGCAGGUUCAACACUCCGGCGACGAGUAGCAAGACUUUCUUGGGAAACGGAACCACGCUUGAGCAGUAUGGCGAGCAGGCGUCGGUGUCUGGCUCUGAGCGUUUGGGUGGCGUAUUCACCUUUGAUGAGACGGAUGUCGAGUCGAGAGUCGGCAUUUCGUUCAUCUCGUCAGAGAAAGCGUGUCAGUUCCUGGACGAUGAGCUGCCGUCCCAUGCCACCUUGGAGAGUCUGGUCGCUGCUUCUCAGGAUACGUGGAACACGCAGGUGCUUUCGAAGGUGACGACAACAGAGACGAAUUCGGAGUACCUAACGCAGUUGUACUCCAGCUUGUAUGGGAUGCACCUGAUUCCGUCCAACCGCACAGGAGAGAAUCCUUUGUGGGAGUCCGAUGAGCCGUAUUACGACGAUUGGUUUACGCUUUGGGACCUGUUCCGCUGCACCACGCCAUUGAUGCAUGUCCUUCAGCCCGAGGCGUAUGAAGAACAGAUCCGCUCGUUCAUCGACAUCUGGAGGAAUGAAGGAUUUAUGCCUGAUGCGAGAUCGUCGAACUGGAACGGUCGGGUUCAGGGUGGAACCAACGCUGAUAACGUCCUUGCUGAUGCGUACGUGAAGGGGGUGAAAGGGGCCAUCAACUGGCAGGAAGGCUACAGGGCAAUGCUCACCGAUGCGGAGACGGUGCCAGCGGAUAGCUACGAUCCAUCGACAGCUCCAGACGUGUCGUCGACCAAGGAGGGGAGGGGCGCGCUACCAGACUGGCUCCAUUACGGGUGGAUCACGCCCACAUACUCACGAGCUGUUUCCAGAGCGGUGGAGUAUUCGGCCAAUGAUUUUGGUCUGUAUCAAGUGGCUUAUGGCAUGGGCCGGGAUGACGACGCCACCAAGUAUCUCGGCAGAUCGCGCAAUUGGCGAAAUCACUGGAACCCCAAUGCUACAGCGGAGGGAUUCAGCGGCUUUGUCGUUCCACGGAACGCCAAUGGUAGUUUCGUGCCGCAAGACCCUCUUUCGUGUGGCGGAUGUUACUGGGCGGAUCCUUACUACGAAGAUAAUCCUUUCACGUACAGCUUCAACCCGAUCCAUGACAUGGAAGACCUGAUCAGCCGAGCAGGGGGCCCGAGCACGUUUGUCGAGCGGCUGGACACAUUCUUCUCGCAGGGCCUGUACAAUCCGGGCAACGAGCCGAGCUUCACGACGCCCUAUCUCUACAACUACGCGGGCCGACAGGAUGCGACGGUCCGGCAGAUCCGCACGACCGGGUACGACAGCUACAACGCGGGGCGGGGCGGCAUCCCGGGCAACAGCGACGCGGGGGCGAUGCAGAGCUGGAUCCUCUGGAACAUGAUCGGGCUCUACCCCGUGACGGGCCAGACAACGUUCCUGGUGGGGAGUCCGUGGUUCGAGCAGCUGACCAUCUCGCUGGGCGGCGGCAAGUUCCUCAACAUCACGGCCAACCUGGAUGCGGCGACGCAGCGGGCCGAGAGCGCGUUCUACGUGCAGCGGCUGACGGUCAACGGCGAGGCGUGGGACAGGGCGUGGGUCACAUGGGAGGAUGUGUUCGCGGAGGGCGGAGAGAUGGCGUUCGAGCUUGGCGCGACGGCGCGGGGGUGGGACAGCGGGCACGCGCCUCCCAGCCCGGCGUCUCAGCUGUCUCGGAUCAGCUUGGCCUGA